ACGGAUGGUGUGAGGAGAUGGAAUGGCGUAAAGGCUUGCCAUGAACCCUUGAAGAACCAUCCAUGAUUGUGACAUUGUUUGUGAUCGUAUAAGCAAUCGAAAUAUUGAUGAAGCUUGGAAAAAGAAACACAUCGUAGACCUAUCACUCAAAUCUUUACAGCUUGAGUACCCGAAUAACAAAAUUUGUAAGUCCACGGUGAAAAUGGUUGUAGCAUAUGCAUGAUUGACUUCACAAAAGGACCAAACAAUCAACACACUAGAAAUGCUAUAAGUCAAGUUAUUGACGACCGAUAAGGUUUUCAUGAGAUUUUGAGUUGUUAAACUUUUAAAGGCAAUUAUAAAAGACAAGAAAGCAAGUACCAAUGACUAAAUAAUGGAACGAAUUUCAAGUGAAAUAGCCGGAGAAUCUAAGCUCUAUGAGUUCAGUGACGAAAUACUGGUGAUAUCUCUCUCUGGAAUCGAUGAUGUUGAUAAAAGGGACACUCUUUAUACGAAGAUGAGUAUAUCUUCCUCUCUCGUUUUACUGAAUACACAUCAAUGGCUCGACGAAUUUCGAGUGAAAUAGCCGGAGAAUCUAAGCUCUAUGAGUUCAGUGACGAAAUACUGGUGAUAUCUCUCUCUGGAAUCGAUGAUGUUGGUGGGAAAAAGGAAGACAUCUGCCCUCAGAUCAUGGAGGCUUUCGAGAAGUGGGGCAUGGUCCAGGCAAUUGAUCAUGGUGUUGAUACAAAUUUGAUGGCUGAUAUGACUAGCCUUGCGCGAGACUUCUUUGCCUUAACUACUGAAGAGAAGCUCCGGUUCGACAUGUCCGGUGGUAAGGGCGGCGUCGGUUCUAAUCGUGUUAUUUAUAUAGAAAUUUUCAUAUGUAGGGAGAGGCCAUGAAGGACUGGAGGGAGAUAGUGAUGUAUUCCACGUACCCUGUGAGUACCAGAGACUACUCACGGUGGCCAGAUAAGCCGGAGGGAUGGUUGAAAGUGACGGAGGAGUAUAGCGAGAGACUGAUGGGUUUGGCUUAUAAAGUCCUUGAGGUUUUGUCUGAAGCUAUGGGACUUGAGAAAGAUGCACUAAAAAAUGCAUGCGUUGAUAUGGAGCAGAAAAUCGUUGUUAAUUAUUUUCCAAAACGCCCUAAACUUGACCUAGCACUCGGAAUGCGUCACACUGACCACGGAAUCAUCACUUUGCUACUCCAAGACCAAGUCAGUUGUUUACAAGCUACAAGGGACAACGGCAAUACAUGGGUUACGGUUCCGUUAGUUCCAGGAGCGCUUGUCAUCAAUCUGGGUGACAUUGGUCACGUUAGUACUUUCUCAUUCUUUCUCACAUUCCGUUUCGUUGCAUCUUUCUUCAUUUUUUCUUAGUUUAUAAAUUUGAUUUGGUCAAAUAUGAUUUUCUCUUGAAGUAUCUUAGCAACAGGAGGUUCAUGACUUCAGACCAUCAGGUGGUGGACUCAAAUCGAGCAAACUGUUCAUAAACAUAUUUUUCUUUCCGGCUCCUCAUGCCACCGUGUAUCCACUAAAAGUAAGAGACGGAGAGAAGACAAUCAUCGAGGAACCAAUCAGUUUUGAAGAGAUAACUAUGAGAAAGCUGAAAGAUCUCUAGCUGGAUCGCCUCAAAAAGAGCAUGGCCUCAACAGAAACCCCCUAUGGGAGUAUGUUUUGAUAUUUUUACAAUGUUAUAAUGUGUUAAUAUUGAUAAUUUAUUAUUAACUACUGCAAUUUCUUAUAAUCAAUCAAUUAUAAAUAUUUCGUAAACGCACUAAUUUUUAACCAUUAUAUCAAUCAUAAAAAUCAAUUGCCGACGCUAGAAACCGCAAACUCUAGUAACCGCUGCAUUUUAACCCGCCAUGCUUCAAAUAAACAAAAUUAGAUUAUUAUUUUUUUGUGCACAAUAAACAAAAUUGAAUAAAACAUCACAAUUUUAUAAAUAUAUGUUUGUUUUAAAAUUUUAAAACAUGACAUAUAAAGAAAAAAAUCUAUGUCUUUUAUAAGUUAAUAAAAACUGAAUAAUGAUUUUUAAACUGUUCAAAGUAAUAUAAAAUAAGAAAG